GGGUGUGAAAGUUAAAAGGGUUUUUUUCCCCUUUAAGAAACGUAAAUCAAAGCUGAAUUUUGCCGUUAAUUAACCGCCAUGUCAAUGCGCAGACGAACCUUGCUGAAGGUCAUUGUUCUCGGUGAUAGCGGAGUGGGAAAGACGUCGUUGAUGAAUCAAUAUGUUCAUAUGAAGUUUACUCAACAAUAUAAAGCAACUAUUGGUGCUGAUUUUGUCACUAAAGAACUCCAGAUUGACGACCGGGAUGUCACUCUUCAAAUAUGGGACACUGCAGGGCAGGAAAGGUUUCAAAGUCUUGGAGUUGCCUUCUAUAGAGGUGCAGAUUGUUGUGUGCUAGUUUAUGAUGUUAAUGUGAUGAAAUCAUUUGACAGCCUUGACAAUUGGCAUGAGGAGUUCCUUAAACAGGCAAAUCCUACUGACCCCAGGACAUUUCCUUUUAUAUUGCUUGGAAACAAGAUAGAUGUAGAUGGCGGUAAUACUCGAGUGGUCUCUGAGAAGAAAGCAAAAGACUGGUGCGCUUCAAAAGAAAACAUACCUUACUUUGAAACAUCAGCAAAAGAAGAUAUCAACGUUGAUGCUGCAUUCCAUUGUAUUGCCAAAACUGCUCUCGCGAAUGAGCGCGAGCAGGACAUGAAGCAGUAUGGUUUCAUCAAACAAUGGAGAUUCGGAUAUGAUCAUUAUCUUGUCUUGCAUUUUUCACUGCACAGCCGUGAUCUUUAGCAUAUUUUCAGGGCAUCCCAGAUGCUGUCAGUGAGACUGAGCAAAGAGGUGGCUGUGCAUGCUGAUUACGAGCCAAACUCGUCAUUUUAUUUUUUGUUGCUCAAUGCAUCCAUAUUUGCUGGUUCCUAUGAUUCUUAUCCAUUAUAUAUACAUACAUUUGUAUUCUAAAAUCCCUUUAUUGAAGCAUUAUGUGAUACCAUUGUUUUUGUUAGAGAUGAAAGUAUAAGAACUAAAAUUUUGUAC